AUGGAAUUAGAGGCAAACAACCAAUCUUCAAGUGAAGGCAACACUUCAUUCUUCAAAACAUUAUUCAAUGGUCUCAAUGCAAUCAUAGGAGUUGGAAUGUUAUCUAUGCCAUAUGCCCUAGCAUCAGGAGGAUGGUUAACCUUAAUUUUACUUGUAGCAAUCUCUAGUGCAUCAUUCUAUGCAGGUAUACUAACCAAAAGAUGCAUGGACAUGAACCCUAAUAAGAUCAAAACAUAUGCACAAAUUGGAGAAUAUGCAUAUGGAAAAAUAGGAAAAAAUAUUGUAUCAACAGUUUUAUUUGCGGACAUAUAUCUCGUCUUAACGGGUUAUUUAAUCUUAGAAGGGGAUAACCUACAUAAUCUGUAUCCGAAUAUUAAUAUUCAUUUACAUGGAAUUAAUAUUGGUGGAAAAGAAAGUUUUGUGAUGAUUAUUGCACUGAUUGUUUUACCAACAAUUUGGUUAGAAGAUUUGAGGAUUCUUGCUUAUAUAUCUACUACAGGAGUAUUAUCUGGGUUUGUGAUUCUUGUAUCAGUUUUUUGGGUUGGAUGUUUUGGUGGAUUAGGGUUUAAAAAUGAAGAUGAAGUUUUGAAUUGGAAAGGGAUUCCUAUGGCUAUGAGUUUGUACAUGUUCUCUUUUAGUGCCAAUCCUGUUUUUCCUGUUUUAUACUCUUCUAUGCAAAACAAGCAUCAUUUCUCCAAGGUUUUACUAAUUGGUUUCAUAUGUGCUACCCUAUGCUACACAUCAAUGGCUAUAAUGGGAUACCUAAUGUUUGGUUCAACAAUACAAUCCCAAAUAACAUUAAACCUUCCAACACAUAAACUAAGUUCAAAAAUAGCCAUAUAUACAGCAUGGAUAACUCCACUAUCAAAAUUUGCAUUAAUGAUGGAACCUAUUGCAUCAACAGCUGAGACUUGGUUUCCAAAAUAUCAAAAAAAUACUUCUAGAAGCUUCAAGAUUUUAUUAAGAACUACCUUACUUGUUACACAAGUUAUUGUAGCAAUUAUAAUUCCUUUUUUUGGAAGUCUUAUGUCAUUGGUUGGAGCUUUGUUGAGUGCUACAGCUUCAAUUACUGUUCCAUGUUUGUGUUAUUUAAAGAUUUCUAAGAAUAAUGGGAAGUUAAUUGAAAAGAUGUUUAUUUGGGUAAUUGUAGUUUUUAGUGUAGUGAUUGUGAUUAUUGGUACUUAUACAUCUUUGAGAAGUAUAAUUAGGGAUACUAUUAGACAUCAUAGUCACUAGAUAUUGUCAAUUAGAUCCAAUCUUAUGGAUCUGGGUCUGGAUAUGAAUCUAAUAAAUAAAAUAAAGUGUAAAUUUGGAUUUAACUAGACUUGACUCAAAUUCGACCCAUGCUCAUUCCUAAGUAUUGAUCUUUAAUUAGUACUAUACUUUGGAUUGUUUAAUAAGUGUAAUAUUUGUAUC